GCUGCCCACCUGCCUUUGGCCCUUUUUUUUUUUUUUUUUUUGCCUACAUUUUGUAGCCAGGCUGGAGACAGAGAGGGAGGUACUGUCAUUGUGAAAGAUUCAACUCUAUUUUAGAGCUUUAACAGUGAAAUGAUGCAAUUUCAGUUCACUUUAUUGUUGCUGAUUUGCUUAUAUUGUAGGUGUUCUACAGUCAUGGACAGUCAAAACAAGGAUGGCAGCAGAGAGUCUUAUGAGCUCAAGAUUUCAGAGUUAUUAAAGGGUUUCGCUGAGAGGAAAACAUCACCCAAUGAGAGCAUUCAUGCUAACAUCAGCCUCUCCAUCACAGAGCCAGGAACUUCUUACAACCAUGGGAACUUCAGAUCUAGAACUGUCCUCCCUAAAAAACUCUGUCAGCUGUCCACAUGUCAGUAUGAGAGGCAAGAUCAUCUGAGAGAAAGCUUCAGUGCUCCGGUACUCGUUCUUGCCUGCAUCCCUGCAUCUCAGGCGGGACAAAAGCAACCCACGUUAUCAUUCCCAGAUCCAGUCCUCUUUGCACACCUGGUGGAAAAAUCAGAGAUCCUUGCCUCUGACUCAGUCAUUCUUAUCAGAGAACAGCUUGAAAAGCAAGAGAUAUAUCCGUACAUCCUAGGAGUGCAGGGUUGGAGGAAACGGGAGCAACGUGAACCACAAUGUCUGCUGCGUAAACAGUUUCCCCAAACUGGGACAACCAACAAAUGGUUCUUCAAGGACUUACUGGACCUCCAGAGGAAGCUGUUUUUGGGUGCCUCAAAGAAAUCUGGAGCCCUGAGGAAAUCUCAGACACCUUGGAAAACUUCACACCACCAGUCAGAAUGUUCUUCUUUACUGCUUAGGAAAGUUCAAGACUGACAGAAGAAAUAAACUGCAAAUGAAACUAGCACUAACACUCAGUGGCAGAGUGGUCAUUGAGGCAAGAAAUGUAUAAUUACGUGUCAGAAUGGUACCAUGUUCCAUAAAGCAUUCUGAGACUUGAAAAGCAUAGUCCUAAUAAUAUGAAAUAUCCAAUAAAAUCAUUAUUAGAUAUGCAGGAAAUAAAGUUAGAUAUUUUUUUUCACCCAAAAAGUAAAAUUAAAAUAUGCAGAUUUAUAAAGACAUCUCAGCACAAACAUGUUUCUUAUUGUUUCAAGCAAAAAUAAUUUUAAAGUGCUUAGUGGCCAGGUUAAUAUGUCAAACAACAAAAACAGACAUGGAUUAUAUACUCAAAUGCAUCUUUUUCUGUGUAUGACAUUGUGAAACUGGCAAGGUUUACUUGUUACUUUUCAGCCAAGGCUUCAAAGGUUCUAAUGAGAGCUCCAAUAACAGUUAAUUGUACUGGAGGUGGCGAGAGAUCAAGCUGUGCAGAUCUUGUGUAAAGUGGCGUACCUCAGCAUUGUCUCCCUGUUUACCUUCCUCAAGAGUGGCUUCUUGAUACUCACCUGUCACCUGAGAACGUUUCUGGGUCUUUUUGUUUUUUUGUUGUUGUUUUUUUUAGCCCUGCUUCUUUUUGUCCUCCGUUUGUCGGUUAUUUUUAAGCACAGUACACACCACACCAAUAUAUGCCACAUUUUUAGCUAAUAGUUCUUCAGGAAUCAACUUUUUGGUGAAUAAGUAAUAUUACACUGACUAUCAAUCUGUAUUAUCGUUUAUGUUUUUGCAGAUUUAACUAAUGAAUUGGAAACAAGUUAUGUACUUUUACAGUAGGCUGCUAAUAACAAAGAACCUAAAGAUGCAAUUUAAAACUGUACUUAUCUAUUGUAUGUAGAAGCAAAUUACUUUUUUCAUCCAUUUUUAUAUAUUUGAAUGAUUCAUAGGUCAGUGUUUAGUGGUUUGAAAACAUUAGUAAUAAAAAGAAAACUGAAAAUGGUCAGAUUUAUCAGCUUGACUGAAAAUGUGUGGCAAUAUCUAAAUAACAUUUCUGAAAGACUUUCAGAAAGUUUGAUAAUGAUCGAUCCAUUCUCUUCCACUUAUCUGGACUCAACAGACUCAUAAGACACAAAUUUUGAGCAUAGUGACUCUUUUCACUUGGCACAGAAGCAACAGCUUAUUAACAUUAACCUGAUGAAGAAAUAGAAACAAUUUUAGCUUUUACAAGGUCACCCAGUCCUGGUUAAUUACAGGUAAUGAUAUUGAGUCUCUCUCACUCUUACA